AUAAAAUAAGGAAAAGGCUGCUGUAUUGGAGCUUUCCAACGCCCUGCCUUUUAAGUGACACCUAAUUGCGAAUAUUUUUUGACAUCCUCCCCCUUCCCUCCCUCGGCUUCACUUCCUCUUUGUCAUUUCCCACGCCCCCCACCCACUUCCCCACUCUCCUUCCACCACCACCAUCACCGCCGCGGAGCCACCUCCGCCACCGCCGUCUCCGCCGUCUGCUUCCCCUCUCUUCCCAUAAUACUGCAUUUGACUGUUUAGAUCUUCCACUUUAAGCUAACAUACAAAAUAGCAUAAAGCAAAUUUGUACUUUGUUCUUCUUUUUUUAGCACAGUAAAAGUGUGUAAGAGCUGCAUUUGGCAGUGUUGUUUCCAGUUGGUGAGUAAAUGUUAAAGUGAUUGAUUUUUUACUGAUCUUUCGGUUACAUAUACUCUACUAGUGAUUUUCGGCGUCUCUGGCGUCAUUCCCACUCUGAUUUCGCAAGCAAUUUCAAAAAGUUUUUUUUUUUUUAAUUCGAAUCCUUUUUUUUUUCAUUUAUUUAAAUAAAUUGUUCUUUUGAUUCUUUUUCUCCCCUCUAUAUAAUUUUCCGCUUCCGUCUUGCUCACUAAUCCUCAUUUUUUCUGUCGGUGCGGUUUGCAUUUUCUUUACAAGUUUUCCUGAAAGGUAUAAACAAAUUUUGUGCUUAUUCCAAAAUUUGGUUCAAUCUAAAUCCUGAUCAGACUUUUGAUCGCGAUAUCUUGAGCUUCAUUUGCUUCGAUUCUUCUGUUUUUGCCGCUAUCAAGAAUUCUUUUGGGGGUUCAUUUUAAGGUUCGAGUGUUUGUUGCUGACUGCAGAUUUCUGGUGUUAAAAUGCAGUUAUUUUUUUUGUGGAUAUAUUGUGUGCUUGAGGCAUAAAUACGCCUUUGGGGGGAAAAGGAAGAAGGAAAAAAAGAGUUCUUAUUGAGGUAAUGGAUUUUAUGCCAUUCAUACUCUGAAGCUUAGAUAUGAAAAGGAUUUAGAUAUGAAAAGGAUUCCUGUUAUUUGUGUGUAUAAUGCAAAUUCAGAAUGAGGUUGAAUCCAAUUUUUUUUUCUGCAAUGCAUGUCAAUUAAAAUUUCUAUAAUUGCUAAAUAAAUUUACAUUUUUGGAUAUUUAUAUAAAUAUUUUUUUGAAAAAUUACAUGAAUGUCAUGUUGGAGGCAUGUUUUCUUUUUUUCUGGUGGUCUGUCCCUUUCCAUAUCCUACCCUGCUUAGAUUUUUAAUUGCCUAGCUAGGCUGGGCUGCUAGUUGUAUUCCUUCUCUUUAUUUUAAAAUUAAAAUGACAUUAUGUGAGCCUAUAAUGAUGAUGAAUUAGUUUCUCCAACCCACCAUUUGAUUGCUCCUUGAAAUUGAAGGAAUAUCUUGAUUCUCAAUUAUUAUUGGGCAAAUCAGGUAUUACCAUCAUUCCUUUGUUGAAUGCUUAUGCUCCUUGAUUAUUCUUCAAGCCAAACUGUCGGUUCUGUUUAUCUGCAGCUUCUCUGUAUUGUAACCCUGUUUGUGCUUCAACAUAAACAUUGCACUCUACUGUAAAGAGGGAUUGAAAAAUUUUACUGUAUCAGUUUCUGCAUUUGUUCUUCUACUCAAUGAAUAUCCAUAUGCUUUCUUCUGUUCAUGUUCUAUCCUAUGCAAUCCCACCUUAUGAUAUGAAGGGUUUCCUGUUGUCUGCUAUGUUCUUGAAGCAUCAACCAGAGGUCAAAUUUGGUUUUUUUUUUUUUUUUUUUUUUUGUAGAGGGUCCUGUUGACAGGUUUUUAUCUUUUUAGAGUCUGCAAUAUGUAUUCUUCAGAAAUGGAAGAUGCUGCUGUGGAUGUUUUGGCUUUAAAGUUGUUCUUACAAUGAUUUGGAUGAAAUAACUGUUUACAAAUGCUCUCUGUAUUUGAAGUUAGUCUUACCAUCGAUCUAGCUGAUAUAUGAGCGUUUCGAACUCUUGGGUCUCUGUAAUUUUCCCCUUUACUUUCUGUGGUGGUAUAUCUGUAGUAUUAGUGACCAGUCCUUUGCUUCUGUUAUUUGCAGCAUUUACCAUGGAUAGAAGGAGUUGGCCAUGGAAGAAAAAGUCAUCAGAAAAAACGGUUGUUGUUACCACAGGGCCAGAUUCUUCUGCCCCAUUAGACUCAGCUGUAUCUCAGGGGGAUCAGGGAAAGAAGGAUGAUCAUAAGAAGCCAAAAUAUGUGCAAAUCUCUGUGGAGAGUUAUUCGCACCUGACUGGUUUGGAGGAUCAAGUAAAGUCCUAUGAAGAACAAGUGAAGUCAUAUGAGGAACAAGUAAACACAUAUGAAGAAGAUAUAAAGGAACUAAAUGAACAGUUAUCUGAAGCCACUACAGAAAUGACCAACAAGGAAAACUUGGUGAAGCAACAUGCAAAAGUGGCUGAAGAAGCUGUCUCAGGUUGGGAAAAAGCUGAAGCAGAAGCUGCAGCACUGAAAAGCCAUCUAGAGUCUGUCACCCUGUUGAAGCUAACUGCUGAAGAUCGGGCAGCUCACCUGGAUGGUGCUCUUAAGGAAUGCAUGAGGCAGAUACGAAAUCUCAAAGAAGAACAUGAACAGAAUCUUCAUGACGUUAUUCUUAGCAAAACUAAACAAUUUGACAAGGUAAGGCUUGAGCUAGAAGCACGGAUAUCGAGCUUGGAUCAAGAAUUGCUUAGAUCGGCAGCUGAAAAUGCUGCGCUUUCAAGAUCUUUGCAAGAUCGGUCUAACAUGCUGAUCAAGUUGAAUGAAGAGAAAUCACAAGCUGAAGCAGAGAUUGAGCUUUUAAAGAGAAACAUAGAAUCUUGUCAAAAGGAAAUAAAUUCACUAAAGUAUGAAGUCCAUAUAGUUACAAAGGAGUUAGAAAUCCGGAAUGAGGAAAAGAAUAUGAGUGCAAGAUCAGCAGAAGUGGCAAACAAGCAACAUUUAGAAGGAGUUAAAAAAAUUGCUAAGCUUGAAGCAGAGUGCCAAAGGCUGCGUGGUCUUGUUAGAAAGAAGUUACCAGGGCCUGCUGCUCUUGCACAGAUGAAGCUAGAGGUUGAAAGCUUGGGUCGCGACCAUGGAGAAUCUCGAUUGAGAAGAUCUCCAGUGAAGCCUCCUGUUAUGCAUUUGUCUGCUUUGCCUGAAUUUUCGACUGACAGUUCACAGAAGUAUUAUAAAGAGAACCAGAUGCUUACAGAAAGGUUACUGGCCAUGGAGGAAGAAACAAAGAUGUUGAAGGAAGCAUUGGCAAAACGUAACAGUGAGCUGCAAGCAUCUAGGAGUGCAUGUGCGAAGACUGCCAGCAAACUUCAAAGUCUGGAGGCUCAACUGCUGGCGAACGGGGUCGAAACAAGUCCUCCAAAAUCUAGCAUUCAGAUCCCUAUUGAAGGUUCAUUCAGUCAAAAUGCAAGCAAUCCACCGAGCUUGACGUCCAUGUCUGAAGAUGGUAAUGAAGAUACUGCAAGCUGUGCAGGAUCUUGGGCUACUGGUUUGCUGUCUGAGAUAUCUCAUUUAAAGAAAGAAAAGACCACUGAUAGUCCUCGCAAGUCUGAAAGUUCGAAUCACUUGGAGCUGAUGGAUGACUUUCUGGAAAUGGAGAGGUUAGCAUAUUUAUCAAAUGAUUCAAAUGGUGAAGUGUCUGGCACUGAUCUCUCUAACAAUAUCAGAUCCCCGGCUGUCAAUCACAAUUCUGGCAUUGAAGGCACAUCCCCAUCCGCCGCUCGCUACGAGUCUGAUUUAUUGGAACAGCCAUCAGCAUCCAAAGUUGAUACAUCUGAAAAGAUUCCUGAGGUUGAUGUGGAUCCUCUUGUAAAACUCCAAUCAAGACUUUCUGCAAUACUUGAGUCGCUAAAAAAAGAAACUGACAUUCAGAAAGUCUUGGAGGAUCUUAAACAGGUGGUGGAGCAGACAAGUAACAGUAUACAUCCCCGAUCAGAAACUGUGGUCACUGAGUCCAUGCCUGCCCUCGAUUCUUCACCCAACGGUGAAACUGGUACUGAAAUGACAUCUGAAGACGUAUCUAUUUCUGAAGAAUUUGCAGCUUCUAUAUCUAAAAUUCAUGACUUCAUUGCAAUGUUGGGCAAAGAGGCAAAGACUGUGCAAGGGAUAUCUAUGGACAGUGAGGGAUUGGGCCAAAUGCUGGAUGACUUUCAUGCCACAUAUAAUGAGAUUAUGGUCAAGAAAGCUGACCCUGUUCAAUUCAUUUCUAACCUUUCUCAUGUGCUAAGCAGAGUGAGUGAGCUCCAAAUCAAAGUCUUAGGCUACAAAAUAUCUGAGUCCGAAACUAACAACUCUGACUGCAUCGAUAAGGUUGCAUUGCCAGAGAAUAAAGGUUUCCAGGACAUGUCUGAUAGAUAUUCAACUAACUGCGCCCCGUUUUCUGAUUCUGGCUCUGAUGCUGAUAUUCCCCAUGGAGGGAGUCUUGUUCCAACCUCUGAAUUAACUCCGACAUCCUGUAAAUUUUCACUGGAGGAGUAUGAACAGCUGAAGUUAGAGAAAAAUAACUUGGUAGCUGAUCUAGCGGGAUGUACUGAAAGCCUAGAAAUUGCGAAGACCAAGUUGCAAGAAACUGAACAACAGUUGGCAGAAGUCAAGUCACAGUUAACAUCUGCACAGAAGACAAACAGCUUGGCUGAGACUCAGCUCAAGUGUAUGGCAGAGUCAUAUAAAUCUCUCGAAACACGAGCAGAAGAGCUACAGAAUGAAGUGAAUACUCUCAGGGAAACAAUACACAAUCUGGAUAAUGAGCUUCAAGAGGAGAGAAGAAGUAAUCAGGAUGCUGUGUCCAAAUGCAAGGAUCUUGAGGAGGAAUUACAAAGGAUCAAAAGUUCCGCUCCUGCUGAAGUUGAUGCCCCGAAUAACCAGGAGAGAGAAUUAGCAGCUGCUGCAGAGAAAUUGGCGGAGUGUCAGGAAACAAUAUAUCUCCUCGGUAAACAGUUGAAGUCCCUGCGUCCGCCACCAGAGGCAAAUGGGUCCCCCUCCUUCGACAGGGGCCACAAGGAAGAUGCAUUCGGCGAGGAAGCCAGUAUCAGUGGAAUGAAUUUGCAAGACGUCGAUCCAUCUGAAUCAGACACAACGAAGUCCACGAGCUUGCAUCGUGCAGGCAGUGAAUCCCCAAUCGACAGCUACCCCACCCCAUUUAGUCCUGAUUCUGAAGUAAACAACCUUUUGAGGUCGCCUACUGCUUCAAAAACUUCAAAGCAUCGACCGACUAAGUCGGGAUCAUCAUCUACUUCCUCCACGCCAACUCCAGAAAAGCAUGCUCGUGGAUUAAGCAGAUUCUUCUCCUCGAAGGCAAAAGUCAGCAACUAGCACUUGCAUUUCCUUGCUUUCCUAUCUCGGUCAAGGCUCGAAUAAAAUUCAGAGGAUGCGAUUAUCAGCUCAUAAAGUUCUGUAGAUAUUGGUUCGGCAUAUUUUUCUGAAUACACUGAUAAGUUAAACAUGAAGUUCGAGGUCGUAAUACUCUCCAGCAUUUGUCUGAGCCUUUCGCCACAGAUCACUGGGUGUCCAGAACACAAUGUAAUGAUGAUAGUGUUUUGUGUGAUUGGUGUAUAUGAUCUUUAUAACUUCAGUUCCUUUUUACCUUUUCUUCUGGAAUGGGG